AUGGAGCCUGGUGAACUGCCAGAAGGUGUGAUCUUAAACAGAUCAGUGAAAUACUGGAGAAGUGGGCCGUGGAAUGGGAUGAGCUUCAUAGGAAUUUCAGAUAUGGACACAAACUACCUUACAGGCUUUACUGUUAUCACGGAUAAUCAGGCAGGAACAAUCUAUUUUGUGUAUUCUUUAACCUUGCCGUCAUUUCCAUUGUUUUUGAGUUCUCUGGGAGCUUUAAUUCAAAUGAACUGGGAUGCAGAGACUAGCAAAUGGGUAAAUAAUGAGAUUGCACCCAAAGGUCCCUGUGAUAUUUACGGUACAUGUGGCUCAUUUGGGAUCUGUAAUGAUACGAACUCCCCAAUAUGCAAUUGUUUGAGAGGGUAUGAACCAACGUCUACAGAAGAAUGGCACCGUGAAAAUUGGACAGGUGGUUGUAUAAGAAGAGUUAAACUACAGUGUGAGAGGAAUUCGAGCAUUCAUGAUAGCAUAGCAGACCGUUUUAUAAAGCUGACAGGAGUAAAACUACCAGACUUCUCAGAUUACUCGGCUUUGAAUGACGCUAUAGAUUGUGGUGAUCUUUGCUUGAAGAACUGUUCUUGUGUUGCAUUUGCACAUUCAAAUGGAAUUAGUUUUAUGGGUAAGCUACCAAGUGUACAAGAGCUUGCUGUCAAAAGACUUUCAAAGAGCUCGGGACAAGGCAUAGAAGAGUUCAGGAAUGAGGUCAUAUUAAUUUCCAAACUCCAACACAGGAACCUUGUGAAGCUACUUGGCUUUUGUAUUGAGGGAGAUGAGAAAAUGUUGCUCUGCGAGUUCAUGCCAAACAGCAGCUUGGACACCUUCCUCUUUGGUUUGUUUUCUGCUGCAUCAAUAUAA